AUGCAAGAACCAGUCUACAACCCCGAAUGCCCCAUGGCCAAAACCACCACCGCCUACCAGUACAAACUGGUCAACUGCCCCGGAAAGACCAUCGUCGGCAUGCUGGUCGAAUACCCCCCAAACGGAGCCACGCCCCCUCACCGCCACGGAGGCGCCUCGGUCUCCGCCUAUGUGAUCCAUGGCUCUGUCCUGAACAAGAUGAACAACGACCCGAUGAGGGUGGUGGAGCAGGGUGGCUCCUGGUACGAGGCGCCAGGCUGUCACCACCGGAUCAGCGCCAACGCCAGCCAGACCGAGCCAGCGGCUUUUUUCGUCACGUUUGUGAUUGACUCGGAGACGCUGGAGCGGGAGGGACCGUCGGUGCUGUUGCAGUAUGAUGAGGAGUAUAAGGAUGUUGUGGCGCGGAAGAUGAGGGGAUAG